UACGACUCCUCCGUGAGUGAGAGCUCGUUACCGAUGGCGCGCUGCCACACUGCGCCUCGACAGCGCGGGGUAAUCCCCCGCCACCACAGCGCGCGAAUGCGAGGCUCCGUCACAGCACGGUCCCAGUCCGGCAACACGUGCUCUUCCCAUAUGCGCUGGAGCGUCUCGCGAGUGUUAUCUUUCUCACACUGGGCGGAAGCAGCCUUGGCGGCCUUGCGUUUUUCUGCAAGUCGGUUAGUAACCCAUUCAAUUCAUCCUAUCAGACAAUGGACGAACCCGCUUCCCGUGCUUGGGCCAUCAUCUUUUUAUACUCUCUGA